CAUCGGUGGCCACCCAUCUCUAGCUCAAAACUGGGCUGUGAUUAAAUUGUUUUUAUUUCGCAAAUUGUAGAAAAUAUGCCCAGAGAAGAGACCAAAUCCAGACGACGUAGUCGGGAUAGAAGGAGCAGGAGUGCCGAGCACAAAAGCAGCCGGGACAGGCACCGUGAGAAGGAUAGAGAGCGGGAACGGGAUCGCGACCGAGACACAACGCGUGACAGAGAAAGAGACAAGGACAGGGAGCGUGAGUGGCGUAGGGAAAAGGAUAGCCACAGGGAGAGAAGCAGCAAAAAGCGUCGCUCCGCCACACCACCAACCAAAUCGAAAUCGCCAUUGGCCAUGAGCUCCGUGAAGCUGCUGCAGACGCUCGAGGCUCGCCGCCUGCGCGACCAGGAAGAGCGCCAGGCCCGCAAGGAGGAGCUGAAGGCCCAGGAGACACCCGAGGAGAAGCGUGCACGCCGCCUGCAGGAGAAGCAGGCCAAGGAGCAUCGUCGACGCGAGCGCAUGGGCUGGGACAACGAAUAUCAGACAUAUUCCAACGACGACAAUCCCUUCGGCGACUCCAACCUCACCUCCACCUUCCACUGGGGCAAGAAGCUGCAGGUGGAGGGUCUCUCGAAUCUGUCCACCAAAACAGUGGAGGUGCUGUCGCUGCAAAAGCAAAUGGAGAACCGCCGCGAGCUGGAGAAGGUGAAGAAGCGACGCCAGGAGCGCGAGCUGGAGCGGCAGGAGCGCGAGGACGAUGCCAUGCAGCAGCAGCGGGCCAAGGAGGCGGUCCAAUUCCGCGAAUGGCAGCGCCAAGAGGACCAGUUCCACCUGGAGCAGGCGCGCCUACGCAGCGAGAUACGCAUCCGGGAUGGACGGGCGAAACCGAUCGAUCUGCUGGCGCAGUAUGUGGCCGCUGGCAAUGCACCGCUGGAGGAAUCUCUCGAGAUGCAAAUGCACGAGCCGUACAUGCUGCUGCACGGCCUGCCGAUGGAGGAGCUGGAGGAUCUGCUGGUGGACAUCAAGGUGUACGAGGAGCUGGAGCAGGGCAAGCACAUUGAUUUCUGGAACGACAUGGUCACCAUUGUCCAGGAUGAGCUGCAGAAGCAGCAGAAACUCAACUCGGAUGCCAGUGCGCUCAAUCAGCGACGCGAUGGCAUCCACCAGAGUGUCGUCAAGGAUGUGGCGGACAUAUUUCGCGGCAAGAACGCCAAGCAGCUGGAGGAGAUGCGCGAUCGCAUCGAGGCAAAGAUCAACAGCCGCGCAGACGGUGUCGAUAUCAGCUACUGGGAGAGUCUCCUCUCGCAGCUGAAGGCGCACAUGGCUCGUGCACGGCUCCGGGAUCGGCAUCAGGCGCUGCUGCGCGAGAAGCUGCUGCUGCUGAAGCGUGAGAACGAGGACGAGGCGACAGCUGCUGCUGCUGCUGCUGCUGUGAAGGAGGAGCCAGAGUCCGAGCCAAUGGAGGAAGCUGCCGCUGCACCAGCGCAGGCGCAGGCGGAGGCGGGUGAGGAUGAGGAGGCUGCCGCUGAGGAGCAAAGGUCAUCCUCCCAGGGCGAAGAUGAGGAAGACGAAGACGACAGACCACUGCGGGAGCUGCUUAAUGCCGCUCGCCUCUACCAGGCUGGCAACUACAGUCCGCAGUACAUACGGGAGGAUGACUUCACCGGCCGUCGGAUACAGACCGGCGACCGCGAAGACAACGACGAUGGCGCCAUGUACGAUGAGAGCGAUGACGAGAGUCGCAUCCAUCGACUGCGCAUGCAAAUCGUCUGCCCCGAGCGCAUGGAUGCCGCAUCCUCGGGCAGUCAGCAGCUGUCCGCGCAGGAGCAGCGCAUGCGGCACGAGGCGCGCCAGGGCAUGCAGGGCGAUGAGGCAGAGUUCAGUGUGGAGACAACGCUGGAUGCAGUGCCACAGCUGGCCACGGACAAGUAUCGGCCACGCAAGCCGCGCUACUUCAAUCGCGUGCACACGGGCUUCGAGUGGAACAAGUACAAUCAGACGCACUACGACAUGGACAAUCCGCCGCCGAAGAUCGUCCAAGGCUACAAGUUCAACAUUUUCUAUCCCGAUCUGAUGGACAAGUCCCAGACGCCGCAGUACUUCCUCACACCCUGUGCGGACAAUGGAGACUUUGCCGUGCUGCGCUUCCACACGGGUCCACCCUACGAGGACAUUGCCUUCAAGAUCGUCAAUCGCGAGUGGGAGUUCAGCUACAAGCGGGGAUUCCGCUGCCAAUUCCACAACAAUAUCUUUCAGCUUUGGUUUCACUUCAAGCGCUAUCGCUAUCGUCGCUAAGCCCCACACUCAUGCUCUUUUUUUGUGUUUAAUUUAAGAAUAAAUCCUGU